CCUUUACUCAUCUCUUAAGUAAUAUUUUGUUGACAACUUUUUUUAAUAGCAAACCGAACAGAAACAGAGAGCAAAGUGCGCCAUGGCCAUCACCGGAAGUCUAACUCCCGACCAGCUACAGUUCUUCAACACUCAAGGUUAUUUAGUGAUAGAAUCAUUUGCAAACGCUGAAGAAAUAGAUGGAUUGACCAAGAGAAUGGAACAAUUACUCGAUGAAUUUGAUUGCUCCUCCACCGCCUCAAUUUUCUCCACCAAGAAUCAGCAACAUUCAACUGAUAAUUACUUCUUUGAAAGCGCCGAAAAGAUUUCCUUCUUCUUCGAAGAGAAAGCAUUUGGGGAUGAUGGAAAGUUACGGCAACCAAAGCAACUCUCUAUUAACAAAGUUGGCCAUGCCCUACAUGAGUUGGAUCCAGCAUUUAAAAGUUUCUCUUCCUCAGAAAAAUUUAUGCGUAUGAUAUGUUCUUUGGGUUAUAAGAGACCAGCAGUAAAACAGUCUAUGUACAUUUUUAAGCAACCAGGUAUUGGAGGUGAAGUAGUGCCUCACCAAGAUAACUCAUUCCUGUAUACCGAACCAACAACUUGCACGGGGCUGUGGCUGGCCCUAGAAGAUGCUACAAUAGUAAAUGGUUGCCUCUGGGCCAUUCCUGGAUCUCAUAAAAAUGGUCUUGUCAGAAGGUUUCUUAGAGGUGAACAGGGGGUAUACUUUGAUCGGCCUUCUCCCUCUUAUGAUCAAAAGGAUUUUGUGCCUAUUGAAGUAAAAUCUGGUUCUUUGGUUGUCAUUCAUGGUGAUCUUAUUCAUCAAAGUUUCGAGAAUCAAUCCCCAAAAUCAAGGCAUGCCUACAGCUUGCAUGUGGUAGAUACUGAUGGCUGCAAAUGGGCUCAAGAUAAUUGGAUUAGACGAAAAGUGGAGCCAGAGCCUCUAUAUGUGUCGUGAUGUGUGAUGUGGUCCCGAAGAUUCAAAGCAGUCAGUUAUUUCACAAUCUCAAAUCAGAAUUGUAUUUUAUCAGUUGCAACCUCAUGAAUUUGGUAUACAUUUAACCCCCUUUUUCAUGUACAUUAUAAGAGAUUGUAAAAAAAGUUUCACCAGGAUGAUAUUUAAUAGUUUAAUCUCUGUUAUUAGUAAUAAAAGGCCAUCUUAACUAAA